AUGUUUUCGAGGCUUGCUUUUUUUCGAAGGGCAACUCUUGCUCCUGCUUCUAUGAGAAUGUGUUUUAGGACCAUAUAUCAAAAAGCAGAGAGUGACUUGCCCAAGAGGAUCGUCCCCAAAUUGCCAACAUUUUACUCGGCGAACCCUAACCAUGAAGACCGUAUUAAUCGACUGGAAAGGCUUCUGAGAAAAUUCGUAAAAUUACCAUCUCAGAACAACAAUGAAGUACAACAAACAAAAGCUCCUUGGAUUUCUUUUGACGAAUAUGCUCUAAUAGGUGGGGGUACGAGAUUAAAGCCCACCCAAUACACUCAAUUACUGUACAUGUUGAACAAGCUACACAAUGUUGACCCUCAACUGACUAAUGAAGAAAUCACAUCCGAACUGUCCCAAUAUUACAAGAAAAGCUCCAUCCUUUCAAAUCAGAUCAAGGUAAAAACCUUGGAUGAGUUCGGAAGAAGUGUAGCCAUUGGGAAAAGGAAAAGCUCUACUUCUAAAGUCUAUGUCGUUAGGGGAACAGGUGAGAUAUUAGUGAAUAGUCGUCAAUUAAACAAUUACUUCCUUAAGAUGAAAGAUAGAGAAUCCAUCAUGUAUCCACUCCAAGUGAUCGAAUCCGUCGGAAAGUACAACGUUUUUGCAACAACAUCUGGAGGCGGGCCUACGGGGCAAGCAGAAUCGAUCAUGCAUGCCAUUGCUAAAGCUUUGGUCGUUUUCAAUCCGUUAUUGAAGUCGAGAUUACAUAAAGCUGGUGUUCUAUCAAGGGAUUACAGACACGUGGAGAGAAAAAAACCAGGGAAAAAGAAGGCAAGAAAAAUGCCAACAUGGGUCAAGAGAUAG